UUCAGAUCGAAAAGUCUUCGUCGAUUUUACGUCGACUCUACGCGUUUUUCUUUGUUUUUAUUAUUGUGCUAACAUUUUGUUACUGAAGAUCUUGAAAAUAUUUAAAUAUGAAAAAAGGAUAUAAAGUUACCGACGUGAAAAGAGUAAAGAAAAUUGGAGUGGCGGCGGAAAAUCUUGAAGAGCUAAUUGAUAAAUCAUGCAAAAAGUUAGGAUUCAAUGUCAGCUGCGCAGAAUGCCGGCUCUACGUAGCAGAAGACGGGACUCACGUGGAUGACGAUGACUACCUAAAAACUUUGCCGCCACAAACACUUUUUAUUUUAUUAAAGGAAAAAGAGAAAAUGGUAACUGACUUUGACUACUACUACACUAUGAUUCGAAACAGCAAAAAGGAUUAUAUUAAUACUGGAUUAGCCGCAAAAGAUUUUCUAAGCACUAACUUCAAAGAAAAAUUUAGAGUAUUUCAGAAAUAUAUAGCAGCAGCCAAUGAUGCUAAAACAAUGCUUAGUCAGAGGACACAAGACCCAGGGUGGUUUGAGGGACUCGAGCCGUCUGAAAAAACAAAAGAGCAAUCUAUGUCUAAACGUGUGAAGGAACGCAUGAGAGGAUACUACUACAAAACUAAAAGUGCUCUGCAGUCUUCAGAAUUAUACAUUCACACAAAAAACGGCCGAGGUAAGAAACUAGUUGACCAGUUCCUAUUAGACUUACGGAAACUUCUGGAACUCAAUAAAUACAAUGAGGGUUAUUUUAAUAGGCGUGAUAAGGAUAACCGUAUGUGUAACGAAAAUGGACUUUUUGAAUGUGGUGGAUUAUGGAAUAAUAGUAAGUGUAUAUACGAUGGCGAACACGUCAUAAACCCGUAUAGAAGUCGAGAGGAGCGUAUUAUUUUCCAGACAUGGAACCUUGAUCAUAAGAUAGAAUUAUCGAGAUCUGUUGUGCCAAAGAUACUGGAAGCGAUUGAAGGACUGGCUAAAGGGAAAGUACAGUGUAUAUCGUGCGAGGAAAUCUCUUCUGAGGGCUUUGUCGAAGCUGAUAGGUAUUAUUUACAGAUUUUCACUAGUGAAAAUCUUAAAUUGGUGCAUAUCGUUUGUCAUUAUAAGGGCAAACACAAUAUACAGUCAGACGUAUACACGUUGUGUAAAAAAUGUAUCAAUUAA